UUUGUGAUCGCCCAGCGGGUGCCCUCGUGUCGUGGCCCAGCCAUGCCACCGCCAGGGCAGCAGGCAUCAUGGGCACAGAGCGCCGCCCGCCUGCGCCACGCAGCCCCCAACCCUGGGUCUGUCUCUCCCCUAGACGUGCUACUGGACGACGUCAUCCUCACUCACUCGCUCUUCCUGCCGACCGAGUGCCUGCUGCAGCAGCUGCACCAGCGCUUCCUGCUGGCGUCGGGGGGCCCUUUGCCCGGCUGGGAGGAGAGCGAUGCGCUCCCGAGGAAGCGGGCCGUGCUGACCGUGCUCCUGCACUUCCUGGAGACCUACAAGGGCCUCCUGCAGGAGGAGGAGAGCGCUGGGAAAGUCAUCAAGGAUCUCUACCUGCUGAUCAUGAAAGAUGCUUCCCUCUACCCGGAGCUGGAAGACGAGAUCCUGAGACUGCACCAGCUGGUGGAGACGGUGGAGCUGAAGGUGCCCGAAGAGACCCCGCCACCCAGCAAGCAGGUGAAGCCGCUUUUUGGCACUUUCCGGCGCAUCGACUCCUGCCUCCAGACCCGGGUGGCCUUCCGGGGUUCGGAUGAGAUCUUCUGCCGCGUGUACAUGCCCGACCACUCCUACGUGACCAUCCGCAGCCGCCUCUCGGCCUCGGUGCAGGACAUCCUGGCCGCGGUGACGGAGAAGCUGCAGUACUCGGAGGAGCAGAGCGCCCGUGAGGAAGCCCUCGCCCUGGUGGUGGUGGCAUCGUCUGGAGAGAAGGCCCUGCUGCAGCCCAACGAGGAGUGCGUCUUCACCACGCUGGGCAUCAACAGCCACCUCUUCGCCUGCACGAAGGACGCCAUUGAGUCGCUGGUCCCGCUCCCUGAGGAGAUCCAGAUCUCGCCGGGCGACGCUGAGUUCCACCGCGUGGAGGCCGAGGAAAUAGCCAAUCACAUGACGGCCUUUCACUGGGAGCUCUUCCGCUGCGUCCACGAGCUGGAGUUUGUGGACUACGUUUUCCACGGGGAGCGGGGCCGGCGGGAGACGGCCAACCUGGAGCUGCUGCUGCAGCGCUGCAGCGAGGUGCAGCACUGGGUGGCCACUGAGAUCCUGCUGUGCGAGUCGCUGGGCAAGCGCGCACACCUGCUGAAGAAGUUCAUCAAGAUCGCAGCCAUCUGCAAGCAGAACCAGGACAUGCUGUCGUUCUACGCCAUUGAUGGGCUGGACAAUGCGGCUGUCAGCCGGUUACGGCUCACCUGGGAGAAGCUUCCGGGCAAGUUUAAGAACCUGUUCCGGAAGUUUGAGACUCUGACGGACCCCUGCCGGAAUCACAAAGCCUACCGGGAAGUCCUCUCCAAGAUGAACCCGCCCCUCAUCCCCUUCGUGCCCCUCAUCCUGAAAGACCUGACGUUUGUGCACGAGGGCAGCAAGACGCUCCUGGACGGGCUGGUGAACGUGGAGAAGCUGCACGCAAUCGCCGAAAAAGUGAGGACAAUCCGGAAGUACCGCAGCCGCCCCCUGAGCCUGGAUUUGGAGGCCUCGCCCAGCCAGCUGCAGACCAAGGCUUACGUGCGGCAGUUGCAGGUGAUCGACAAUCAGAACCUGCUCUUCGAGCUGUCCUACAAGCUGGAGGCGAGCAGCCAGUGACAGCCGGGGCGCGCUGGGUCCGUCACACUACAGCACUUUGGCCGGCCGCGGCCCCGGCUCGCCCCUGUGCUUGGGGAGACGUGGGGCCUGCUGCUGCGGCACUUUGUGGUUUACAGAGUCGGCUGGACUUUAAACACGCGGAACUUCCCCCUCGGGGGUGGGGUGGGGGGCGACACCUGCUGUGCAGACGGGGUGGGCUGGGACUGGCUUUUGGUCUAGCUUUAAACUCCAGCCCAGGGGGGUUAUGUGGCCCUCAUAGCGCUCUGGGGCUGGGUUUCAUUUCACAUUAGACUCCCCUUGCCCCCCAGUUUCUCCCCCAUCUCUGCCCCUCGCUUACCUACGCCAAGGGCAGGGGCCCCAGUCUGCCUGGGCCAGCGCUAAGGGCACUUGUGUAACCCCAUUGCCUUUAAACCCUGCCUGUCCGCUCCACGGAUCCGCUCGUGCCCUGAAGCAUGGCCCUGCCCUGGCCCCCAGCCACCCUCCACUGCUAUAGCAGGGACUCUGCACCUGGGAUGAAGCCAACCCCCCCACCCAUCGUGCCCCUUGGCAGGAUGGGAGCCACUCCCUACAAGCCAGCUGCAUCUGGCCCCAAGGAGCCCCAUGGUAGCAUGCCGAGAGGAUUAGCAGCCCUGCAGGAGUGGGGGUCAAGUGUGGGGUGAAGUGGUGGCGGGGGAGCCCCAGAACCCUGUUCCCUGCAAUUCUAUUUUCUACCUGUCCUUUUUGUCAUGCUGUAAACUCCGCAAGGAAGUUCUCUUUCUAUAUCUUCAGGUCUUUCUGUUUGGUCACUGCUGAGGGUCUCGCCUGCGGCCUGGGUGGCGCCCUGGCCUAA